AUGAUAGACAAACUCCAUUUGAUGCCCAGGAUAACAGACAGGCUAGAGGAGGGCUUAAUUAUGGAUAUUCUUAAAUGGGAUGAGGUACCGAUAAUUAUUUCAGUUUUACUGUCAGUGUCAAAGCUUGAUACUUAAUGCCCUUCAAAUCAAACAAUCGGGCAAACAAGUAAUCAGAAAGUGAUUGUGAAGUAAAUAUGACAAAAUUUUAAACAGUCAUAAUAUUCUGUGUAGGAAGACAACAAGAAAAACAAUGGAAGGCAGAAGAUUGAGGUGCACACAAAUAAGUUCCUGGAAACAGUUCGAUCACUUGGGGUGACACUAACCUCUAAGAAUCAUCACUGA